AUGGGCAAUAAUGCCGCUACGGCUAACAAGAAGGUUGAUGCGGCCGAAUCUGUCAAAGAAUUCUUGGACCAAGCGAAAGAAGAUUUUGAAGAGAAAUGGAAAAAGAAUCCGACGAAUACUGCCUGUUUGGAUGAUUUUGAACGCAUAAAGACUUUAGGGACUGGUUCGUUUGGGAGGGUAAUGAUCGUUCAACAUAAACCAACUAAAGAGUAUUUUGCAAUGAAAAUAUUAGAUAAGCAGAAGGUGGUUAAAUUGAAGCAAGUUGAACAUACAUUAAAUGAGAAGAGGAUCCUUCAAGCCAUCAGUUUUCCUUUUCUGGUGAGCCUCAAGUAUCAUUUUAAGGACAAUUCGAAUUUGUACAUGGUGCUAGAAUAUGUACCAGGUGGAGAAAUGUUUUCUCAUCUACGAAAGGUGGGUCGAUUCAGUGAACCCCACUCACGUUUCUAUGCAGCACAGAUAGUACUAGCAUUUGAGUACCUGCAUUAUUUGGAUCUGAUAUACCGUGACCUUAAACCAGAGAAUUUGCUAAUAGAUUCUCAGGGAUAUUUGAAGGUCACAGAUUUUGGGUUUGCAAAGCGGGUAAAGGGUCGAACCUGGACCCUAUGUGGAACCCCUGAGUACCUGGCUCCAGAAAUCAUCCUGAGUAAAGGGUACAACAAAGCUGUUGACUGGUGGGCUCUUGGCGUCCUGGUGUAUGAAAUGGCAGCUGGUUAUCCACCAUUUUUUGCGGAUCAGCCCAUACAAAUCUAUGAGAAGAUUGUGUCUGGUAAGGUGCGGUUUCCAUCACAUUUUGGUUCCGACCUGAAGGACAUGUUGCGGAAUCUCCUGCAAGUGGACCUCACCAAGCGCUAUGGCAAUUUGAAGAAUGGAGUGAAUGACAUCAAGGGCCACAAGUGGUUUGCUUCCACCGACUGGAUUGCAGUGUUCCAGAAGAAGAUCGAGGCGCCUUUCAUCCCCCGAUGCAAAGGACCAGGUGACACCAGUAACUUUGAUGACUAUGAGGAGGAGGCAUUACGAAUCUCAUCGACAGAGAAGUGCGCCAAGGAGUUUGCUGAGUUUUGA